AUGUCGCAGACUUUGCAAAACCACCUGAAAAGAUAUCCUAUCCUCAGCAAGUUGCUGUGGCUUGCACUGGGAUCAUUUGGUCACGCUACAGCAUGGUUAUCACACCAGCAAGACUAUUUUUCUGACGAGAAGGAAGCCACCACGUCGCUUGAAGGAUGA